GCUUACUUCUCGUUCUUAUUUCGCUUGAGAGACAGUACAAACAGUCACCUCCAAGCGUCGGCAAUAUAACGAAGUUUACACUUGCCGACAAAUAGAAAAAAUAAAUAAAUAAAUCGCCAGUUUCUGAACACACUUGUUCCUAUAUCUUUUUUUUUUUGUUUUUAUCAUAUCUUUUCGUUGCGACUCCGAAUUCCAGGCCGAAGACGCGGUGCAACUCUAAUCAUGAAGGAUCAGAAGGAGUCCAACAACCGAGAGAACGGUACGGAAAAUGGAAAAAGCCGGUGUCUCUGCGUUCUCAGUAAUGGAAACGAUAGGGGAGAGACGAUGAACGGUGUUAACAAUCAAUGCGCGGCGAACGGAGGCGCAGGGGAGAGCGAGGUAGCCAUCUAUAAUGAAAGAGCCGUACAACAAAACGAUAACAACAUGCAGCAGAAUAAUAUUGUCAAAAAGCCGGGACCGCUUAGGACAGUCUCGUGGAACGAGAAUGUCGAAGAUUCCGAACUCGAUAUACCGGGAACACCUCGAACGCCGAGGACCUCGACAACUCCAGGACACGAGAAAUGCACGUUUCAUCACGACUUGGAGCUCGAUCAUCGACCGCCAACCAGAGAAGAUCUGUUACCAGAAAUGUCCAGGAGUUACAAACUUCUUCUCAGCUCACUCGGAGAGGAUCCUGAACGCCAGGGUCUCCUUAAAACACCUGAAAGAGCCGCUAAAGCCAUGUUGUUUUUCACCAAGGGAUAUGAUCAAAGUUUAAAAGAUGUUAUCAACGACGCCGUAUUCGACGAAGAUCACGACGAGAUGGUAGUCGUGAAGGACAUCGAGAUGUUUUCCAUGUGCGAGCACCACCUCGUUCCUUUCUACGGCAAAGUAUCAAUCGGCUAUUUACCCUCCAAGAAGAUUCUUGGACUUAGUAAAUUGGCGAGAAUUGUUGAGAUCUUCAGUCGACGACUUCAAGUACAAGAGCGUCUUACUAAACAAAUUGCAAUUGCAGUUACCAAGGCUGUACAACCUGUCGGUGUUGCAGUCGUCGUCGAAGGAGUGCACAUGUGCAUGGUGAUGCGAGGAGUUCAAAAAAUUAACAGCAAAACAGUAACAUCGACCAUGCUUGGCGUUUUUCGUAACGAUCCCAAGACUCGGGAGGAGUUCCUCAACUUAGUUAAUUCAAAAUAGAGUCUUCAAUAACACCGGAUUUGCUUGCAGUUUUCUCACUAAGCGAUGUCAACACCUAGUAGAUUGAAAACUGAAAAAUUUCUGCCUUCUUCUCAUACUUUGUACUUUUUUGUAGUUUCAUUUUAGAAAUUAUGUUCACUUGAACCACUGAAGCUCGCUGGUAAAAGUUCUGUUAGACGCACACGAUACGUACAGAAAAUCUACUAAAAGCAGACGCAGAAUCACAUUAUCUGUACGUUUCUAUCCGUGUCUAAUGGAAUUUUUAGCAGAGCUGUGAAACGCAGAUAGAUAUUUGUGUAUCAGAGUCAAAGUUGAGAAAAAACAUGAAAUAUUUAUGUAUUGUACAAGAAUCGGAAGCGUGGAGAAAUCUUAUCAAAUAUAAAUUAUAGAUAUUAAUGUUACUCAAACAUUCAGGCGUCCCGCAAACACAGAGACGUACUUAAAUUGCUGACCAGUUGACAACAAGACAAUAUCUUAGUACUUUGAAUGAUUUUCUCAUUAAUCAUCCAACCCAAGAUAUGAGAAUAUUACACCAUCUUUGAAGAAACUCAUGUAGACGCCAUUCUGCAUUAUCGUUCUGUCAAUCAUUGCAGAUAGUAUUAAAACGUCAUAAAGCAAACCACUCUGAAUGCGAUUUUUUGCAAAGUAUCACAGGGCGCGAGAAACAGAAAAAGAAAAUCUGUUAUAACGCACUACAGGUCUUGCUCUUCCAACUUUAUAGAACAAUGACGCGUCGUUGUUACUUAGAUAUGCAUUGAAAAUUUAUUUUGAGAUAAGAAAGUAACAUUUAGUAAAUUAAAUUAAAUUGAAUUAAACUAUAAAGCUAACAAGGUGAUAUCCGUGGUAUGGUUAUCGCAAAAUUUCACAGCCAGAUGUUUGGCGACUUGCCAUACCUUUGAACCUAGGUGCUUAGGCAAUUGUAUUUUGUCACAGGGAAGUACAUGUGUGUAUUUUAGAUGUCUAGAAUGCGCGAGCCAUACAAAGGCACUUUACAUUCCAUCGUUAAUCUAAAUGCUGAAUCUGAUAUCAUUCUACCUUACUGAAAAUAUUUAUGUGUCGAAUCAUGAAAUGUUUUGAACAAAUUUAGCGUGUCGUUUAUUACAUGUAUAUAUAGUUGACUAUAUGAUUUUUAGUCUAGUAUAUCUGAUGAUUCGUGCUUUUGUAAUUUAUUAUGUGAUUUUUUUAUAUAUUUUAUCAAAUAUACAAGACAAAUCAUGUAAUAAAUUGCAUGUAGAAUUCUUUCGUAACGUUUUACGAUUUAACGCAUGAAUAUUUUCAGUAGGGCGAACUGCUCGCCGCAAUGCAACUUGUUAUUUGUAAUUUAGUAUACCUAAUAAGUGAAUAAGUGUAUAUUGCGUUAUAGUAUAAAGUUUGGUUUCUUCAGAAAUGUUGAUCGGUACACAGCAUAUACAUGUUAAAAUCGUGAACACUUUCCUAAUAUUUAUUGAUCAUAGGAUAUAUGUUUUCUGCUGUGAAAAUUAAUACUGUACUUCCAGUUUACAUAACUUCGUGCAAAGAUUAUAAUUAUGUGAUAAUUUAUAGAUGUUUGAUAAUUGCUGCUAAUUGUCGAACCGAUUGAUUAACAUUCAAUUUACUGAGAAUAAUAUUAUACGGAAUAAUUUUUACAUAUUUUGUAUUCACUCAAUUCUUUUUACAAUUUUGAAGUUAAAUCUUAUUUUUUUGCUCUCAACAACAUUGUCUCUCUAUAAAUUAUAAUUUAAACACUUUUUUUCUCUACAAAAGAGAUCUGAUUAGAGUAGACUUUUGUUAAUAGUUUCCUUUAUUAUGUCAUUUCAUUUCGAACAAAUUUUACAUCGUGAAUAUCUGCAUGGUUUGCGGUAACUCAGCCAAUUACACUGUCCAUGCUGAUAGUAAUGAUCGAUACAAGUUGUCUCGAUUUUAUUGUUCCGUCACGACAUUAGUAAUAUUUUAUUAAAUAAAAAUUUUACGAUUCAUAUUACUUUA